GAGCGAGAUAAAAUGACUGAUAAAAAUAACGAGAUUGUGAAAAAGAUUGAGAAAAAUGGUAACCGAGUAUCUAAUAGCCGGUUAUCGUCACAUGCCUGUGUGCAUUUUGAAAUUUCAUUUGACCGAAUUUCACUAGUUGGAGAUUUAGUUGAGAGUGAAGAAUUAGCAUUUAGUAGCUUUAUUUCAAACUCUAUUUAUUUUAAUAUUUUUGAUUUACACGCUAGCCAAAUUAAAGGCCAGUCUGUCGAUAAUGUUGUUUAUUUUGAAUAUGACAAAUUUAAAGGGAAAGCUCAUGAGAGAAGAAAUAUGCGAGUAGAAUUUAAUCCCAACAAUUUGGAUCAAAAUUUACGAAAAAUUAUUCGAGAUGAAUUUGUUUCUCGUAUGAAAAAUACUGGAUUUAGUCGAUUAGAUUUAGCGUUUGAUUGUUUUGAAAAUAUCAAAGAUUAUUAUGUUUUAUCUGAUGCUGCACUUAAGAAAACGAUAAUUUACGGACGUAAUGGAGAGCCUGAAACCAAAUAUUUUGGCUCUCGUGAUAGCGAUAGAUAUAUUCGAAUUUACAACAAGAAACAAGAAAUUAAAGAUAAUAAAGAUUUAGAAAUUGAAGCGGAAGAUUAUUGGCGUAUUGAGUUUGAAUUAAAGCGUGAGCGUACAGAAAAAUGGGCGACAUGUUUUGAAGAUUUGAAUUUUUUGAAACCUGAUUAUAAAACGAUUGAUGAUUUUAAUUUGCGUUCAAAA